AUGGACAAAGCAAACUAUGAUUACUUUGUGCAUAGCGGGUCUGCUCUUCUCUCGACGUUUCAGCUGAGCUCGACGCCUUUCUGGACAAGAAUUGCCCCCCAGAUCGGUGAAAUGGACCCUGCCGUUCGACACGGGUUGAUAGCCCUGGGCACAAUCCAGGCGCCAUUACAUCGGUCCACCGUCAAAGACCUCGCCCUCGCCCCGAACCGCAGACCAGAGCUGGACCCUGGUGCCAUGGUGCAUAUCAGCAUAGCGAUGCACCUCCUCAGCACCGCCGAUCCAGCCACCUUGUCUGUCGAGGUUGCAUGA